UCAGGGAGUCGGCCCCAGCGCGACACACACACACACACACACACACACACACACACACACACACACACACACACACACACACACACACAGAGAGAGAGAGAGAGAGAGAGAGAGAGAGAGAGAGAGAGAGAGAGAGAGAGAGAGAGAGAGAGAGAGAGAGAGAGAGAGAGAGAGAGAGGAUGGAGAUGACGACGGAAUGCUGGUGAAUGUGGUGGCAGCUCCGACAACGGAAGUCCGACGGAAAACUUUUCUGGAGAGAAAACGGGAGGUGCAGAAAGAGAAACGACAGAAUCAGAAGGCCAUAGCCAGGAACGAACAGGGGGAUGAACAUGUGACCCGUGGGACCGAUGGGACCUAUGGGACUCAAACGACACAUGGGACUAAUACAGAGAGCAACAAGUGGGGUGCUCCAAGAACGACUGCAGCACCUUGUAGUGCAAAGGCUCCUAGGUGGAAUGGAAAGAGUGACAGGCAGGAUGUCAAGGAGACCAGAUUGGAGUCGAAGCCAAAGCAUAUUGGAGGAGCAAAAGGGUUUCACAGCGUCGCACGUUAUGAUCCGAGCGCACAGUUGUUGAGGCCUCCGGCAAUGCAUGUGAAAAGUACUAGCUACGGAUGCAGUGCAGCUUCACGUGCGAAGGAAGAGAGCAACAAUGAAGAGGAUGACGAGCUGGUUGAACAAGAGACAGAGAACACGGAAACAUCGUCAGAAAUUGGAAGCAAGGAACGUGGGAACGGAAUCAGACACACGGAAAUAGAAUCAAUGGACAUGGAAACAAAUACGUUGAGGGGAAUGUCUGUGCAAGAGAGAAAGAGAGCGAAGAGAGAUCAGUGGAGUGAACGAGGUGAAGAGGAAGGGUCUGGAGGGGCAAGGGCUUCUGGGACAGCCAGAUUCAAUGGGGGACAGGAUAGACAGGCAGCUGUGCACAACGACGAGCCGACAAAAAGCAAAGUGGACAUGAGAAAGAUGCUUCCGGAAGAUAUUGCCGCUCAGGUGUUUGCUGCAACAAAGUUUUCUGAGCUGGGACUUGCACCUCGCUUGGUAGAGCACCUUGAAGGUGUCCUUGGAUUUUCAGUCCCAACUCAUGUGCAAAAAGUUGCUAUCCCUCUCCUGCUGUCUGGACGGGAUGUAUUAGUCAACGCAGAAACAGGGACGGGAAAAACACUGGUUUAUCUUCUUCCCAUCAUCCAUGGACUGCAAGAGUACAGCAGAAGGGUUUCAAGAAACGAUGGCACAUUCGCUUUGAUCUUAGCACCAACAAGGGAGCUUUGUCUACAGAUCUACAAUGUUGCAAAGCAGGUGGUAGCUCAGCGGUAUCAUUGGCUGGUGCCUGGCUACCUCAUUGGUGGUGAGCUGAAGAAGAAAGAGAAGGCCCGCCUUCGGAAAGGCAAUGGAUUAGUUUGAAAUGUUGUCCAGGCGCUUCCCAUCGCAAGACUAUAGUGUGUGUGUGUACUGUUCGCUGACACGAUAGUGACUGUGGUUACGAUCCUACUACAUCCACAAUGCUGCAAUAAAUUGCAAUUCCUAGU